AUGGCCUUCUUCGCCUACGCGCCGCUAUUGUGCGCGUCCUGGCUCGGCAUCUUGUACGUCAUCGGACUGUACGUGUCCACCGAGUCGAAAUGGCGCUGGCAUGACGCGCAGGAGUUCGAAAACCGCUUCUGGACGGGCACCGCCUUCCUGUUCAGCGCCGCAGUGGUUUACAUCAAAGACUCGCCUCUUGCGGUCGGUCAAUGGAGCUCCUCGCUCGGCCUCGUGCUCGUCUUCGGCUUCACCGCCAGUGUGCAUUACUUCGAUAGGUUCCUGCAUCGCCAGAAGAUCAGUCGUCGCCCGAGACUCAAGCUAACAACGCGACAAAUGUCAUGUAAUUUAUUCAAGUACAAAGCCACGGCCGAGGACAAGACGCAGCUCGUCAUGGAGUGCGUCAGUCGCAUCGACCGCCACUAUCUACCCAGCACCAUCAACAGCUUCAUCAACUACGCCGAAGUCAAGCGCCGAGAGCUCAAGAUCUUCCGGAUCCUCGCUGGGGCGGCGAAAGACGAACUUAACUACAUCCUGAACCACACACAACUCGCUCUGCUCUUCUACAAGGUCAAAGACCACUCGAGCGUGCGAGAAGAUCAGAGUCGCACGCUCAUUCUCGACUUGUUGUGCACCACGCGACUCGCAGAUCUCUCGACUAUGUCGCGAGCGCUUCUGUUGGACGCGUUGAUGGUAAUGAAGAUCAGUGCGCACCCGAUGGCGGAGAAAUGGGUGCGCAACAUCAUUUUAAAAACCCAAGGAGACGAUCUGAGCAACUUGAAGGCGCUUACGGACGCCAAAGGAGAUUUCCACAGCAUGCACAAGCUCGUCUUCAACGACAUUCGCGACCUAGCGAUCCGAGCUGAUGUUCUGAGCCACAUUCAACGGGAAGCAAGCGUCCAGAUAGCCCACAUGCGGCUGGGAACGAAGCGAGGUCGAAGUCGCAAGCUGCAUGCAUGGAGAAAGGUGUUAAGUGACGUGGACGACACGCUGUACUCGUCAGGGGGUCGCUAUCCAGCAGGGUUGGACACCCGCUACCCUCGACACACGCUGUAUCCUGGCGUUCUACCGUUCUACCGAGAACUGGACAUGGGUACAGUAGGUCCGGACGAGUGGACCGAGGAUCGUGUUGGCAAUCUCGUGUUCCUGUCUGCAAGGCCUCACGUGUAUAAGGACGUGUCGGAGAAGAAGUCGUACGCCAAGUUUGCGGCGUUGUACGAGAAGAUGGGCAUGCACACGCUGCCUACGAUGCUUGCUGGCAACUUGACGUCCGGCCGUGCGUUCAUGUGGCAAGGAGAUCUGGAGCCCAUGGCGCAGAAGAAGUUUGACAACUUUAGCGAGUUUUACCAGCUCUAUCCCGAGUUUAAACACGUGUUUGUCGGUGACAAUGGCCAAGGCGACGUGCGUGCUGCAGAGCUGAUUGUGGAGAAGUUCGGCCCGGAUGCGUUGGAGGCCUGCUUCUUUCAACGUGUGCAGCCCAUGGAGAAGAUGUUCAACUACCACUCGCCCGAGGAUCUGGAGCGGUGGAGAAAGAUGAACAUCGUCUUCUUCGACACAUACGUAGGCGCUGCAGUGGAGGCCUACCGCAUGAACAAGAUCCGGCUGAGUGGACUGAAGAAAGUCUGCGACGCCGCCGUGCUUUCGUUCGAGAGUAUUACUUCCUGGCUCACGCCCCAGAGUCGGGAGCGUGCGAGGCUCGUGCUGAAUCGUGAUCUCGUCGCUGCCAACGCGUUAAUGUCGAAGCAGUUCGGGUCGACUGCGUUAGUGAUGAAGCCUCAAGUGUUCGCGCUCAACUCGGAUGUUCGCACGCCAGUUGGCCGUGGGAUUGUUCGAAGAUUUCGUGGCACCGACGGUGUUUAUCAAGUGGACUUGACGGACUGGCUGCCAUCGCGACAGAAACGCGUGCAAGCUUUCUUCCCCGAGGACAGUCUCACAGCGUACGUUAGUACAGACAUAUCGCCCUUGGCCAAGAGCUCGCUGAGCUACGUCAAGUUCUACCUUGCCCCACCUCGAGGUUUUGAACCCCACACUGUGGUGCAGACACUUUUCGGUAUUGGUCGAGUCGUAAGUUACCGCGACGAAGACGGUAUCUACACGGUAUCCAUCCCAGGUGACCACAACAUGCUGCAUAAGACGGCGUUCUUGACCUGUGACAGUCUGCAGCCUGUGAACGACGAAUUCCUCCAGAACUACGCGACGAACGGCUCGACGUCUCCGCGAUUGUUUGCCGGUGUGCGUUCUGGCAUUGGCUUCAUCACCGAAAAGCUCAUCACGUUCGUCCCUGGCGGAUCUGGACCCGAGCCGCUGUUUGCCGUGACUGUGGUGGUGGAUUCGCCCUUCGGUCGCGGUGUGGUUGUCCACUUCCGCGAGGACGAUCGCGUGUACGAACUGCGGUUAUUUAAUAGCGAGACGAAGACCCGGAGUGGGGAGUUGCCGUCGCCAGUGAGCGUGUUCGUGCAGGAGCGACACUUGCAGCUGUCUCCUGUUUCUCCACCUCGAAGCCUUCUGUCGAUGCUUGGAUUGGGCUCCGGCAUCAAGCAGGUAAGCGUGGAACCUCUUCCGAUGAGGUGUAUGUCGUUGCUUUGA